AUGCGGGGCCGGGAUGCAGCAGCCGGCGGGGCCGUGAGCGCCGGUGCUGCCCCGCACACCAACAGGCAAUUCCCAUUUCUCUGCUCCGGAGAAAGGGUUUUCGUUACCUGUUACCGCAGUUACAGAGGGCAAGGCCUUUUUAAAACCGAUGCAAAAUAAUUCAGAUUCACUGUAUUUUGCCCCCUAAGGAGUAACGGAAAAGUUUAUCUAAGGUUUCCACCUGUUUGUUUUCAGUUUGUGUGCUCUGCUCUGGCGUUUUCCAUCUUUUCCUUGUCUGUGUGGGCAGGAUGCCUUCAUUGCAUUUCAUUCCCACAGAAUAUAAGAUUAAAAUAAAUAUUGUGCUGGGGUGGUUUUUUUUGGUAAAAGAUGUCAAACCAAUCAUGUCUUUGUAGCGUCAUGUAAAAAUACAAAUGCAUCUGCAUGCAUUAGAAAUAAUGCACUAGAAGUGCUUUAGAAACAACAUAAAUAAAACAUAAAUACUUUAACUUACUUUCACAGCCCCGUUCCCAACUCUCUCAGCAUACCAGUGGCAAGUGGGUGCUUGCAAAAAUUACUGCAAUUAUUUAAAAAACAAAACUUCUUUCUUGUAAAAUUUUAAAAGGGAAAUGACUGCCGCCCAGAGGCUCUUUAUUUACUUUAGUUUUUAGCAGCAUUUUUGUACCAUGCAUUUUUUGGGCAAUGCCUGGUUUGAAGUACCUGAUUUCUUGGGGAGAAGAGUGAUGCUGCCCAGACUGAGUGUGCAACAGAAGCGAUCCUGGCCGUGGAUCCAGUAACCACCGUGGUUUGGCUACACACAUUUACAUACCUACAGCAGAUCCUUUGUUUUGUGUAGCAGAUUUUCCCAGGCCAUUUGCUGUUUGUGUUUGAUGGGAAGCCUGACAGCAGAGAAAUUUAAUUCAGAGUGAAAUCUUUCAUUUCCACAGCUGAAAUUUUGUACUUUUUUUCCACAGGCCCGGGAUUUUAUCUCAUACAGAUGUGAAGCUCCUGAACCAGAAACUCCUAUUUCAAGGGCACCCAAGGAGAUGAGGAUUUUAGGCUGUCACAGGAACAGACACUCCUAACACGUGAAAGCUGGGAUCUGGGGCACCCACAAGGACUGCUUGGCUGAGGACAAGGAGAUCAGGACCCUCCCCGCCGGGGACGUCACCGAUGGACUGUGGACACUUAGCAGAGAGAAGCGAGGAGCUCUGCAGCCCGGGCGCAGAGCCCGAUUGCCGUGCCGGCAGCAAUUCCAGCGUGCCCGCGGCGGCCGGGGCCGCUCCCGUUCCCGCUCCGGUUCCCGUUCCCGCUCCCAUUCCCGUUCCCGCUCCCGGCCCGGGCCGCCCCGCCGCCGCCAACGCCGCCCGGGAGCGCAGCCGGGUGCAGACCCUGCGCCACGCCUUCCUGGAGCUGCAGAGAACGCUGCCCUCCGUGCCGCCCGACACCAAGCUCUCCAAGCUGGACGUGCUCCUCCUGGCCACCACCUACAUCGCGCACCUCACCCGCAGCCUCCAGGAUGAGGAGGAGGCACCGGGAGAGGGCCUGGGCACCCUCCGCGGGGAUGGAUACCUCCACCCUGUCAAGAAGUGGCCCAUGCGUUCCAGGCUGUACAUUGGAGCCACGGGACAGUUUCUGACUCACUCAGCACAAGGAGACAGCGCAAACCAUGGGGAAACAUCAACAUCUUCACAGAUCUAACCUCCCUCCUUGCUUUCAAAAAAUGGUUAUUUAUUACACCUUAUAUAUAUAUAUUUAAGUUAAAAACAGUAUCUACAGACAAACUAUAAUUCCUGAAAUACUGUUUGUAGAAGAAAUCGAUUCUUAAAUGUAAUUAAUACCUCAUUAAGUUAAUGUGACACAUGAUGGGUUUCUGUCAUUGCUGCGAUCUGAAUGAGGGGGAGUGGGAGGUUGUGACUGCAGCCAGCACCAAUCUGAGCAGCAGCAGCAGCAAGGAGCUGCCUGCAGGGUUAAGUGUCCUUGUUCUCUUUGGGACAAGCGCUGUGAGAAAAGAGAGGAGUGAUGUGCUAAUGGCCAAGUACAGGGCAAAACAGGCUUGGGUGAAAAGAGAAGGGCAAGGCUAAAAAUAGCAACUGCAAUCCCACACAGACUUUCUCCACUGCUUAAAGCCGAUGGCAGAAAUCCCCUGACCGCAGCUGUCAGGUCAGGGCUGCUCCCAUCGGACAGUCCUACAUGUUUGUAGCUAUUGCUGGGAAUGUGGGUGCAUGUUCAUGGAGUGAAAAUGUGCUGAGAGACCUGCACAGAGUGCUGUAGUUUGGGCACUGCUUGUAUCCACCCACAGGACUGUGCUGCAUGUUCCAGGCUCAGCCUGUGUUUGCUACCCCAGCACAACCACGAUCUGCUAGUUUCAUUUAAGGGGUUCACAUGCUGGACCAGUGACACCAAAGUGUUGGCUUGUCAUAGCACACCUGUUCACUUAAACAUCUGUAUUUAGGCAUGAAAAGUUGAAACUAAAUGCACAAAUGUCAUCUGUUGUAUCUGUUCUGUAAAACACAGUACUUCUCAUACCGUUUGUCAUUGCUGAGGUAAAUGUUCUAUUAAAUAUUAUAUACUUUGAGUUGCAAAAUCUGUUAUCGGUUUCUCAUUGUACAUGAUAAUGUUCUAUAUUAUAGAUGCUGUCUUAAAAUUUAAAAUUAUGUUUAGAAAAACAAAAAUAUUAGCCAGAACAACUUUCAAAAAAAAACACUGUGGUAAAAUCUGGAGCUCUCAACUGCCUCUGCAGCAUUCUGAGUUUAAACAAGAUAAUAUACCUGGAAGGGACAGUAUUCAAGAAAGGGAAAAAAAAAAAAAAAAAGAUUCCUCAGUGUUUUUAAAAGGAUUAUUCCUUUCAAUGUCAUUGCAAGAUUCUGACUGCUUAUCCAAGAAGCAGAGGUUCAGUUGGACAUCAGGAAGAAUUUCUUCACAGAAGAAUGGAAUGGGCUGCCCAGGAAGAUAGUGGAGUUGCACAUGGUGGAGUCACCAUUCCUGGAGCUGUUCAAGAAAAGUCAGGAUGUGCCACUUAGUACUGUGAUCAAAUUGACAAGGUGG